GAGAAAAUCCCGCUAAAACACAAACACACAAAGUCAGUUGGUGACUGAUGCUCCCUUAUUACCCCCUUUUCUCUCCACUGCUGAGGACUCAACCCCUGUUCACAACGGAUUACGGACACAGUACCCACGGAUGAUGCCGGGCGUGCUGUGUUGAACAAGCCGGCUCCUCGCCGCCGCGUUGCCUCACUCUUCCUUUUCCCGUUGUCUUGCGCCCGGUGAAUCCGCGUUCCCCCUCGCCGCAAUGCCGCCCUAGCGGCUCCGGACGCAAAGAACACCCUAUCCGAGAUGGAAAGCCCCGUAGAUCCCAAGCUACGGCCCGCGUUUGGACAGACUCCUGGCCCGGUCCCACCACCACCACCACCACCACCACCACCACCACCACCCCCCCUCCACAGGGAUGAUGCCCUCCUCCAAGGCCGCGACAUCGAGCUCGCGCACCCGACGCGCUCCGUUCUGGCCCCGGAGUUCAUCCCCCACUCGACCCUCGAGGUCGCCCCUCCGCCCGACGUCGCGCAACCCCAGUCGCCGCCACCACCUCCCCAUCAUCCUACCGUGCCCGAACUGCCAGCCCACCCGGCGCUCCCCGCCUCCAAGGCAUGGGACGCCCAGGGCGGCAAGCCGGGCUUCUUAAACAGCCACUCGGCGCUUGGGGGGGCCCUGCCGGAGCUGGCAGCCCCGCGGGAGGACAGUGAGAGUGUGUUUAGCAGCCCGUUUGACCAACCGUCGUCGUCGCCGCCGGGGAAGAGAAAGAGGCGGCGUGGAGCAGCAGCAGUAGCGGCGGCGGCGGCGGCGGCGGGGAGGAUAGGUGGGAGAGGAGGAGGAGGAGGGAAAGGGAGAGUGAAGAGGGAGGUCAUCUGCGGGAUGACCAGGCGGCGGUUCAAGGUGGUACUGGCGCUGGGGAUCCUGGUCUUGGUCAUCGCCAUCGCGGCGGGCGUGGGGAUCGGCGUCGGCGUCGGCGUCGGGCUGUCGUCCAGAAACUCAAAGGAGACGGACGACGCGACCGCAUCGCCGUCGUCGCCCGCCGCUCCCUCUACCACCUCCGUCACCACCAACCCCACGACCAGCACCGCCACGCCCACGACAGGCACCACACCGACACCCCCUCUCCUCCUCCCCGACCCCACUGCGACCGCCGACCCCUCCUCGGCCGCCCUAUCCUGCCCGGCAGACAACCUCACCUUGUACACGCCCAGCGAAGGCGGUUCCCUUAGGAGGUUCCUCCUACUAUGCGACCGCGGUUCGUUCCCCUCGCCCUUCUCCUUUUUCUUUCCUUUCCCCCCUUUCUCUCUCACUCUCUCUCUCUCUCUCUCUUCCCUUCCAACAAACCCAACUAACACCCACCUCCUUAUUUAUUCCAGACUACACCUCGCAACAAGGCUCCACAACAGACAUGUACCAGACGCCGACCAACUCGCUGGUCGACUGCAUCGGGCUGUGCGCCGUCCAGGACGGCUGCGUGGGCGCCGGCUGGGGCGAGAGCAGCGACGACAAGGACAACAACAACAACGACGGCGACGAUGAAGGCGGGCGGCCCACCUGCUGGCUCAAGAGCAGCCUCGGGGAGUCCAGCAGGCGGUCGGGAUGGAGUUUUGCCGUGCUCUAUGAGGAAGGGGGGGAGGAGGAGGAGGAUUAGCGCGCGCGCUUGUUAUCGUCAUUAUCCUUGUUCGGAUGGGAUGCUUGGGGUGCCUUGGCUGUUCGAGUACGUGCACGGAUUUAGAGGAUGAAGAGGUGAUCAAAUGGGAUAUGGUAUAUGGGGAGGCUGGUAAUGCCCAUGCCCUUGUAUAUGAUACUGCCCUUGAUACGUUGGGAAAGGGAAAGGAGCGCGGAGAAGGGAGAAGAAAAGGGGGGGAAGGGGAUGCAUUGUUGUUUUCGGCUCUGGGUCGCGGUUUGUGAUUGAGUGCGAUUCGGUUCGCGGAUCGAGCCGGGUCCCGGGAUGUCCAGUCC